AUGAAUUUGCACAACAUGGAGAUGGAGAGGAUGAGUGAUUGUGUCGAGGAAGAGGAGGGCAGAGCAGAGUCGGUCGUGUCUGACUGUCUGUCUAUGAAGAGUGACUGGUCUAAAAGUGUUCCACCAGACUUCAGUAAAGAACCAGGACCCUCAGAUUCACAGUAAGAGAAACACUUUUCACCCUCCAAACUCUCAAACAACAACAAUUUAUAUUUCAAAAACAAAACUUUAAAUUCUGACCCCUCUGUUUUCUACCAUGGUGAGAAAAAUGAUCUCCUCUGCUCUCAAAACACUGAUUUUCCUCUUUAACCUGCCAACCUGGAUAAAGGGCUGGUGAACAAAAAGUCACUGAGCACAGAUUUACUUAUUAUUCAUCAUGUUGAUAAAAAUGAAGGUCGUAUAAAACAGCAUUUGAAAAGGAUUCUGACCUCUGUAUUUUCUGAUUUGGUUCCUGUGUUUGGGAUGUUUUGAGUCUGUAAGUCUUUGGACUGUGGUGUAUAGACCCCAGAAAACAGUCUGUGGGUCACAAAAUACCAGAAGACCAACGAAGAAAUAAAUCCUGAGAAAUGGAAACGAAUUCAAAGCAUCAGUCUGUUAUUAGACCUUUAGAUCUGAUUGGUUAAAAAAAUGUUUUAAACUGUCAGAGAAAAUCUCUCUACCUACAAAAAAAACAACCAAAAUCUCAGUUUAGUUUUUCUCCUGUCUCCACACUUUCAGGCAGCAGCAGCUGAAUAUUUUACAGGAGAUUGUUUUAUGUUUGAGAAAAGAGUGAGGUCAGAAACUCUGGUUUAAUAAAUCCUUAUUCUGUAUCUUUCAAACAUGAAAUGAUAAAGAAAAUAAAUGUUCUUUAUUUCCACAGAGAGACACAGAGAUGUGACUCUGUGGAGGAGCAGCUGUCCAGCUCUGAAGGAAGUAAGUCUGAACAUCUGUCCUCUAAAGUCUCUGUGGAUGAAAGCUCAGCUGACUGAUUUUCACAAAGAUGUUUUCGUGUUGAGCAGUUUGGUUCAUUUGAUUUUUCUUCUCUUUCAGAAGAUCGCGGUCUGCAGGAGGUUUUAGAUGAACAUAAGAUCAGCCUGAAGAGGAGAUGUGAACGUGUGAAUGAAGGAAGUGAUGGAACAGGAAGUAGUCAAACCCUCCUCAACAGGAUCUUCACUGAGCUCUACAUCACAGAGGGACUGAGUGAAGAGGUGAACACACAACAUGAGGUGAGACAGCUGGAGACAGUUUCAAAGAUGAAGACCCUCCAUGACAUGCCCAUCAAGUGUCAUGAGAUCUUUAGAGUCUUACCAGGUCAACAGGAAGUGGUCAGAGUGGUUCUGACCAACGGCGUGGCUGGUGUUGGAAAAACCUUCUCAGUGCAGAAGUUCACUCUGGACUGGGCAGAGGGUUUGGAGAACCAAGACCUCAAUCUGGUGAUCCUGCUUUCAUUCAGGGAGCUGAACCUGAUCAGAGAUGAGCGCUUCAGUCUUCUGAGUCUGCUCCAUGUUUUCCAUCCAACACUAGAGAAGGUCACAGCAGAGACGCUGUCUGUCUGUAAACUUCUGUUCAUCUUUGACGGUCUGGAUGAAAGCAGACUGUCUCUGGAUUUCACAGACUCUGAGGUGGUGUCUGACGUCACACAGAAGUCUUCACUGAACGUUCUGUUAACAAACCUCAUCAAGGGGAACCUGCUCCCCUCAGCUCUCAUCUGGAUAACUUCUCGACCUGCAGCAGCCAAUCAGAUCCCUCCUUCAUGUGUGGACAGGGUAACAGAAGUACGAGGCUUCACUGACGCCCAGAAGGAGGAGUACUUCAUGAAGAGGUUCAGAGAUGAAGAUCUGUCCAGAAGAAUCAUCUCACACAUCAAGUCCUCCAGGAGCCUCCACAUCAUGUGUCAGAUCCCGGUCUUCUGCUGGAUCUCUGCUACAGUUCUGGAGGACAUGAUGAGCAGAGAACAGAGAGGAGAGCUACCCAAGACCCUGACGGACAUGUACUCACACUUCCUGCUGGUCCAGACUAAGAGGAAGAAGCAGAAGUAUGAAGGAGGACAUGAGACAAGUCCUCAGGAGCUGAUGGAGGCUGACAGUGAAGUCCUCCUGAAGCUGGGGAGGCUGGCCUUUGAACAUCUGGAGAAAGGAAACAUCAUGUUCUACCAAGAAGACCUGGACCGGUGUGGUCUGGAUGUCUCAGAGGCCUCGGUGUACUCAGGAGUUUGUACAGAGAUCUUUAGAAGAGAGAGUGUGAUCUUCCAGAAAACUGUUUACUGUUUCGUUCAUCUGAGCGUCCAGGAGUUUCUGGCUGCAGUCUACAUGAUCCACAGUUUCACAAGCAGGAACACAGAAGCUCUGAAGACUUUUCUAAGAGGCAACGAAGACAAAGAAGACAUUUCUUCAGAGAUGGUUUCCAGAUUUUUUCAAGACCUGGGUUAUUUUUUCUCAUCUCUGGAUGUCUUCCUGAAGAAUGUCAUGGAGAAAUCCCUUUUCAGUAAAAACGGUCACCUGGACCUGUUUGUUCGCUUCCUUCAUGGACUCUCUCUGGAGUCAAACCAAAGACUCUUAGGAGGUCUGCUGGGUCACACAGACAACAGUCCAGAAGUGAUCCAAAGAAUCAUCAACAACCUAAAGGAGAUGAACAGAGAAGAUAUCUCUCCUGACAGAAGCAUCAACAUCUUCCACUGUCUGAUGGAGAUGAACGAUCUGUCAGUUCAUCAGGAGAUCCAAGAGUUCCUGAAGUCAGAGAACAUAUCAGAGAAGAAACUCUCAGAGUUCCACUGCUCUGCUCUGGCCUACAUGCUGCAGAUGUCAGAGGAGGUUCUGGAUGAGUUGGACUCACAGAAGUAUAACACAUCAUACCAGGGGAAACUGAGACUGAUCCCAGCUGUGAGGAACUGCAGAAAGGCCGUGUAAGUCCAGGUUUUAUUCUCAGAAUAGUGUAAAUGAUCCCUGUAGUUCUUCUAAUGUGCACGUUACUGAUGAUGUUCUUCAAAUAGAAAUCAACUCAAAUAUUAGGGAGGGGGUUUCUUUAGGUUUGGCAAAAACAUGAUCCUGGUGUCUCAAGUCCUGUUAGCCCAGGAUGAGGUCUACCUGUGGACCCCUGAGAACUUGUCCUGAUUGUGGAGGACCUCUUUGUUUUUAAUCGUGUCUGUAAUGAAUAAAGUGGAACUUUCAGGACAAAUCAGUGACCAUAUCUGAGGACACACAGAGGUCUUCUGAUGAUGGUAUCAGUCCAAAUCAACAUCUCAGUCGCUUGUGGUGAACUUGAGUUUGAAGAAGGUGUCUGCAGCUUCUUCCUGCUGGUUUUCAGGUUGGAAAUGAUGAAUCUGUUGUAAAUGAGGGUGUUGACAGCAUUGAUGGUGAAAAUAGAUGUAAAUUGGUCAGACUGCUGCCUUCUGCUGAAACAGCCUUUGAACAAACACUGCAGCAGACUGGGGUUUGAUCCAGGUCUGAGGCUGUGAGACUGAACCAAGUCUAAAGGACUAGCAAGACAGACUUUUUUAGGGAGCAGAAAAGUCUGUUUUUGACCAUAACUAGCAUGACUGUCAUUAGGUUGAAUUAAUACAGGUACCCAUAUUGAUCCUCCAUGUUGAUAUUAUCAGGACUCAUUAUUGAUACCUCACUUCAUGAUUUAGUUUAAACAUUUAAAAAAGUCAUGAAAACAUGUUCAAAGAUGAAUCUGUUUUAUUUGCUCUGACUCCAAAUGUUUCUUUCUGCAUGAAACACACAAACUAGAAAAAUUCAAUCUGUUACUUUUAUAGGAGUCAUGAGAACGUACGCCCCCUAGAGUUACAUGGAGAAAAAACUUUGAUUGUGAAAACAAAGAAAUCAUCAACUCUUCAAAUGUUCAGAGUCAAACCAGCUCUAACCUGCUAAAAAACGAUGUUAUCUGAACCAAUCAUAGAAAAAGGAGCUGCUGUGAUUUAGUGAGUCGUCCUCUGAUUGGUCAACAGUCAGUGUCUAUGGAAAGACUUACAUUACAGCAGGAUGUCAACAUUAAGUACUGAGAGGAGCACUGAUUCUCCAAGAGGUACUUUGGAUACUAACCAAUCACAUACCAGGACCAAAAACCUGGUUCUCAGUCCCCUUCUCCAACCAGAACUCAAGAAUUCACACAGUCAUAAUGAUCCAGCUGCACUAACAUGAAGACAACACUGUUAGAGAUCAGAAUGACUAAAAUAAGUCAUGGAGUCAUUUGUCUUGAACAUCUGAACAGUUUUUUUUUUCUUCUAAACUUUGACUUCCUGUCUUCUCUCAUGGCUGUGGUCCUGAUAUUAGUAUCUGUCUGGUUAAAAACAGGCCGUCUGUCAAACGAAAGAUCAUGUUUAAGUUGUUUUUGGUGAAGAGAAACAUCAAAUUACCCUUCAAUGAAAUAUUGUUUGAUAUUUAUGUUGUUACAGAUUUUAUAACUGUGGACUCUCAGAGACUCACUGUGAAGUUGUGGCCUCAGCUCUGAAGUCCAACCCCUCCCAUCUGAGACAUCUGGACCUGAGCUUAAACACACUGCAGGAUUCAGGAGUGAAGCUUCUCUCUGCAGGACUGGAGAGUCCAAACUGCAGACUGGAGACUCUGAUGUGAGACACCAUUUUCUUCUGAUCCAACAAUAAGAUGUGACAGUUUCUGCCUUAGAUUUUUCUCUGUGGUUUUUCCAUCAACUUUGGUCGAGCAGUUUGAAUUUGUUGUUGUAAAACUUCAACACAGGAAGAAAAAUCUGACAUUUCAGAGUUGACUUUGAGUAGAACGAUGGAUGUAGAAAGGAAGCAGGAGAAAAUCAGUCCCACAAAUGUUACACAUGCUUGUAGAGGGCAGGAGCAGCACAGACUAAAGGCUGAUAUUGAACUGAUCCACAGUUAAUGUGAUCACUAAUGAAUGAAUGAAGCGUCAGAGAAAUGAUGAGCUGCAGAUUGAAACCUGAAGAACAAAGUUAAUCCAACUCUGGAUCUUUCAUUUGGAAACUCUUGAAAACUUGAAUUUCUUCUUUGCUCAGUCGUGUUCAAAUGUAAAAACCAGAUCCAGAUUUUUCUGCAGUUUUCUCUUCAGUUUGUUGAACAUUAACAUCAUCUUGUCCAGUUGGUCCAUAAAAACCUCUCUGAUCAAUGAUCUGUUGGUUUAUUUAAGAGUAGUUUGGCAGUUGUUGACAGCAGACGGACAGAGCCCUGAAUCUACUCCUGACUAUUUUAAUCUUCAUGAAGAAUUCAGGACUACAGGAAAACCUUUGAGAUUUCUCACAUUAGUUUCUCAGGAUCUCACUAAAGUUUCCUGUAUCUUCAAAAUUUUCUCGACUGAAUAAUUCCUCGGGAUCUUCAAAAAGUUUAAAGAGGAUUUUACAAAGUUCCUCAAGAUCAACUCUGAAAAAGUUCUUUCAUGUCCUUCAGGGGCUCAAGAACAUUGAGUCAUUAAAAGCAGGAACAGUUUCUUCAGAGGUUCAAUGAUUUUUUUCUUUUUUUUCAGACUGAGUGACUGCAGUUUGUCAGAGAUCAACUGUUCUUCUCUGGCCUCAGCUCUGAAGUCCAACCCCUCCCAUCUGAGACAUCUGGACCUGAGAGACAACAAUCUGCAGGAUUCAGGAGUGAAUCUGCUGUGUGACUUUCUGCAGAGUCCAAACUGUGAACUUGAGACUCUGAGGUCAGACUUUUUCCCUCCAUUCAAACAUUAUCAUGAUUUGUUUGUGAUGAUGACACUAAACUGCUGACUCAGGACUGAAAUACUGACCCAGACUGAACACCUUCAGUCCAGAGUAGAUUUUUGCAUCAGUGGAUUAUUUGAUUGACUCCAGUUAGAUCACUGCUGAGCUCCAGUGAAUUAAAACCUGAACCCAAGAAGAAAACUCUUCGUAGAGUUCACAGUGAGAAGCACAUUCAGACGGAAAACAGAAGCAGGGGGAGAUGUCAGACGAGAACCAUUCAAACUUUUGUUCAGGACAAGAUCAGGGAAUAGAAAAAACUCAGAGUUUAGUUUCUGACACUGAUGAAAGUCCAGCUCUGUUACUUUGAACUUUGUUUUUGAAUCUUUGUGUGAAAAUCUGAAUUUUAUGGUUUAUCUUAACUUUUCUGAAGCCUUGCUGUGUUUAGACUGAAAUAUUUACCUCUCAAAGACGUGAUAUUUUUGGUUCAGCAAAGUGAAAAUAUUCAGAACAUCCUUUAUCUCCCAUCCGUCCUGAAGUCGCUGACAUUUUCUGAAAAUAUUGAGCUGCAUCUACAAUUAGUAAAAAAGUCUCUGAGUUUGUUUUUCACUAUUUCAUGUGCUUUUGAAUUCACUUUUUCAAACUGACUUCCUGUUUGGUUCAGCUCUUUGGAGCGUCACUUUUCUUUGAUUCAUACUUUCCAAACCUUUCCCCUGAACUCUACAGAUUUAAGACAUCAGGAUUCAAACUCGAUCAUUGUCGUCUAAAAUCUAAUUAUUUCCUCUUUAUUUAGGUUGUGGGGCUGCAGUUUGACAAAGAUCAGCUGUUCUUCUCUGGCCUCAGCUCUGAAGUUCAACCCCUCUCAUCUGAAUACUCUGGACCUGAGAUACAACAAGCUGCAGGAUUCAGACAUGAAGCUGCUGUGUGAUCUUCAGGAGAGUCCAGACUACAGACUGGAGACUCUGAAGUCAGUAUAGAGUUGGAGUUAGUCUGUGCUGAUCUCUCCUGUUCCUCUCCACACAGUAUCUCAGCAGAUAUUCAGUAUUUCCUGCUGACUCUUCGACACUCUCAGAGGAUUAUUUCUUUAGUGAAGCUGUGAGAACAGAAAUCAUCAAACCAGGAGUGUAAGAGUGUCAGUCAUGAAAAAAGUGUCUCCUCGUCUCUAUAUUUCAGAUCAAAUGUAGAAAUGAGACAUAAUGAAACAGAAAUGUUCAGUUUCUGCUCUGAAGUCCAGUUUAUAGUUCUCUGUAUUCAACACAGACUUUAUUUCUCUGCUAACUUGUUGAUUUUGAGCUCUAAGUCUGAAAACAGACAGCUGUUCUUUAUACUUGUUAUUUUCACAGCAGGUUUGUUCGAUCAGCUUUAACACAUUUGACAGGAAGGAUUUCUUUAUUUUGAUGAUGUUGGUUUAUUUUUGAGGAAACCUGCUGCUGUACACCAUCACUUCUGGUCUGAGCAGGACUGGAACCUGCUGGUCUGUAAACUGGAUGUUCUUCAGUCCAGCUGAUGAAGUGAGUCUCAGAGUGGAAACACUGAUCGUCUUUUUUCUCUACUCAGAUGGUGGCCAAAACUGUCAGAGUGA